GCUCUCACUCAGGCCUUUUCCUGUCCCUAGCAGCAACAUCCUUGCUUAGGCCUGAGCCCCAGAAGCUGCUAGAACCAUCCAUGGCCUCUCCAUGGCCAACCUGAGCCUGCUCUGAGUCUCCAGGCCCUGCUUGGAAGACCUUGUGGGCUCUAGAUGAGGAAACUGAGGCCCAGACAGCAGGAAGUCGUCCUGCCCAGGAUACACAACCGGGCCGGCGGCGGCGGCUGCCCCGAGGGACGGGGCCCUAGGCGGUGGCGAUGGGGGCCGUCCGGAUCGCGCCCGGCCUGGCGCUCCUGCUCUGCUGCCCCGUGCUCAGCUCCGCAUACGCGCUGGGAGGCGGCUGUGGUGUGGCAUGGAAGAAGGAUGGAGGUCUCCUGAAGGGAACUGACCUCACAGAACACUCCUCCAGGAGAAACAUGCUGGAGGGGGAGUCUGGUGGAUGCAGAUGACGUCAUGACCAAAGAGGAGCAGAUCUUCCUGCUGCACCGCGCCCAGGCCCAGUGCCAGAAGCGGCUCAAAGAAGUCCUGCAGAGGCCAGCUGACAUAAUGGAAUCAGACAAAGGAUGGGUACCUGCCUCCACGUCAGGGAAGCCUAAGAAGGAGAAGGCAUCUGGGAAGCUCUACCCUGAGUCUGAGGAGGACAAGGAGGUGCCCACUGGCAGCAGGCACCGAGGGCGCCCCUGCCUGCCCGAGUGGGACCACAUCCUUUGCUGGCCGCUGGGGGCACCAGGUGAGGUGGUGGCCGUUCCCUGUCCCGACUACAUUUAUGACUUCAAUCACAAAGGCCAUGCCUACCGUCGCUGUGACCGCAAUGGCAGCUGGGAACUGGUGCCUGGGCAUAACCGGACAUGGGCCAACUACAGCGAAUGUGUCAAGUUCCUGACCAAUGAGACUCGUGAACGGGAGGUGUUUGACCGCCUGGGCAUGAUCUACACCGUGGGCUACUCAGUGUCGCUGGCCUCCCUCACCGUGGCGGUGCUCAUCCUGGCCUACUUCAGGCGGCUGCACUGCACGCGCAACUACAUCCACAUGCACCUAUUCCUGUCCUUCAUGCUUCGCGCCGUGAGCAUCUUCGUCAAGGACGCGGUGCUCUACUCGGGCGCCACGCUCGAUGAGGCCGAGCGCCUCACCGAGGAAGAGCUGCGCGCCAUCGCCCAGGCGCCCCCGCCGCCCGCCGCAGCCGCCGCCGGCUACGCGGGCUGCAGGGUAGCUGUGACCUUCUUCCUUUACUUCCUGGCCACCAACUACUACUGGAUUCUUGUGGAGGGGCUGUACCUGCAUAGCCUCAUCUUCAUGGCCUUCUUCUCAGAGAAGAAGUACUUGUGGGGCUUCACGGUCUUCGGCUGGGGUCUGCCUGCCAUCUUCGUGGCUGUGUGGGUCAGCGUGAGAGCCACCCUGGCCAACACCGGGUGCUGGGACUUGAGCUCCGGGAACAAGAAGUGGAUCAUUCAGGUGCCCAUCCUGGCCUCCAUCGUGCUCAACUUCAUCCUCUUUAUCAACAUCGUCCGGGUGCUCGCCACCAAGCUGCGGGAGACCAAUGCCGGCCGGUGUGACACGCGGCAGCAGUACCGGAAGCUGCUCAAGUCCACGCUGGUGCUCAUGCCGCUCUUCGGCGUCCACUACAUCGUGUUCAUGGCCACGCCGUACACCGAGGUCUCAGGGACGCUCUGGCAAGUCCAGAUGCACUACGAGAUGCUCUUCAACUCCUUCCAGGGAUUUUUUGUCGCCAUCAUAUACUGUUUCUGCAAUGGCGAGGUACAGGCUGAGAUCAAGAAAUCCUGGAGCCGCUGGACUCUGGCACUGGACUUCAAGCGUAAGGCCCGCAGCGGGAGCAGCAGCUACAGCUACGGCCCGAUGGUAUCUCACACGAGUGUGACCAACGUAGGCCCCCGCACGGGACUCGGCCUGCCCCUCAGCCCCCGCCUGCUGCCUGCUGCUGCCACCGCCACCAACGGCCACCCCCCACUCCCCGGCCACACCAAGCCAGGGGCCCCGAUCCUCCAAGCCACACCACCUGCCGCGGCUGCUCCCAAGGACGACGGGUUUCUCAAUGGCUCCUGCUCGGGGCUGGACGAGGAGGCCUCGGCGCCGGAGCGGCCGCCAGCCCUACUGCAGGAGGAGUGGGAGACGGUCAUGUGAUCGGGGACCGAGCCAGGGUUGGACCCGUGGGCAUAAGGGCUGACAGACGGACCAAGAGAUGGCUGGUUGGACGGUUGCCCGCUCAGGGCUAGGGCUGGGAAGACAAAAGAGGAAAAAAAAGAAAACAAAAAAAAAAAAAAAAAGAAAGAAAGAAAAGGGAAAAGGAAGCGGUGUGCAGCUUCCUGUGGUCUGAGCUGGGGCUUGGGGAGGGGGGGAGCCAUGGAGACGUUCUUGGGUUUUACCUCUGGAGGUGCUCCAGGGGCCACAGACCAGUCCCUGGGCCCAGGCACAGUCCAGCAGGAAAGACCUGGGAGAGCCCAAGAGUGGCCCCCGUUUGCUGGGGUCACACAGGGGCCCCGCAGAGCCAUGCGGGAGCUGGGCCGCAGCCUCUCCCUGCCACCAGCUCCAGCUGCCGCCUCUGAUGCUCCUGCCGAGGCCCCGGGGCAGCAGUGGUGGGGCGGGGGAAGCCCUGGCUCCUCGGCUGACUCUUCACCUGUUACCCCCUCACUGUUCGCCAAGGACGGACAGCAAGUCCCUGGGUCCCUGGCCCUGUUCCAGGCCCCUUCCUUCCUGUCUGGUGGCCAUGCUGUGUCCCUUGGGGGCUGGGGCACUCAGGGACCACCUCCACAUAGGAUCCCCAGCCCCCACCUUGGAUCUGACAGGCCUCUGGCCACCAGACUGAGAGGGCAGGGGGCGUGCUGAGGCCAUCAAGUGAGACAUGGGCUGAGGUCUGUGCUCGGGCCAGGAACUGUGGCGAAGCUGGGCGUCGGAGCCUGCAGGACUCAGCACACCUGCUCACGGGGAGGGGGGGGGUCCGAGAUCGCCACUAAGCGCCCCUCUCCAACACCCGCCCGCUGCGUUCCUUGCACCCCUCCCAUCCCAGUCUUGGGCCCUAGGGCAACACAGGCUCUCCUCGCCUGAUGCUGGGAACCGGCCCGACGGUGCUGGGAACCACCCCACGCUCUGACCAGAACAAGCUUCCUUCUCAAGCCUGAGGCCAGCCUUGCCCCUGGGCCCGUACCAGCUAGUGACCCUGCCUGGCCCUUCCUUCCCUCAUCGCCAGCGCUAACCAUUUUGUUCUCUGUGGACUCGGCAUCUGGAAAGUGCCCCCCACCUCGAACAGCACCCCCACCCCACUGGGGACUGGGCGAGGGGUCAUCGGGCCGGGACCACAAACUCAGGUGGUGGGUGGUGUAGACAGACUCAGAGCAGCCUCGGGCCCAGCCCUGCCGGCCCUUCCAGAUGGCAGGUAGGGCAAAGAUGGCCCAAAGGCCUGGUGCACCCGUGGGGGGUCCACAGGGCCUGAUGUGCUUGGAACGCUGGGAGAGAUGUGGGCCAGGACCCGCAGGGCCACUGAGCCAGUUUGAGCACCGAGGACUCCCGUGAAUGCUGGAAGCUACUGGAAACUGUACAGGAGAGCAGCAUUUGAGCCACAUUUAGAAGAGUCCCCAUGUCAUUGGAGAGGCGGAAGGUGGUUACUCAGGCCUCAGGGGAGAGGCAGCCUUGUGGGAAGCAGGUCGCAGGAAGGAAGGACCUUGCAUGAAGGAAGGACCUGGCUGGGAGAAGGAGACCUAGUCAAAAAAGACACCCCCCAUCCCCACCCCGGGGGGGGGGGGGUCUGUGUGAUGCCCCUCUUCAGGCCUCAAAGCUAUGGGACCUCUGGAAAACUCAUCCCACCCACCCCAAGGGCAGUCCUCGAGGCCUCUAGCUGGAUGAGCCCCAGAGCCCCAUUUUCUCACCCAGACUCCUUCUCAGGAGGCUUCUGAAGGAGAGUCCAUGAGGCCAGCUCACCUUGAAACACCCAGACUGGGUACCCCUAGGACAGGGCUAUGUCUUUUCCCUCAGUCUAUGAGACCCCAGGACAGAGUCGAGCGUCUCCUCUCAAACUGGGUUCCCUCAGGGCAGGGUUGAGCCUCAUCCCACAGACCAGGGACCUCCAUCCCAGGAUAGGGCUGUGCUCACCCCUCAGACUAAUACCCCCUAGGACAGGGCCAGGCCUCCCCCUCUCUAGGAUGUCCAGGCAGGACUGGACCUUACACCAGUCCAAGGCCCUAGGCCAGGGCCCUCUGGCCUUCGACCUGGAGCCCCCUGGCCAGGGCCGGCCUGCCCACUCAGAGAGGCUCCGAGCAGCACCUGCGCCAUCCAGGUGUUGGCAGAGGAAGUGGGAGCCCUCAGGGGGCCUGGCAGGCAGUCAGGACCCUGUUUGCCUUGAGCAGAGGCUAAAACCAGGUGGUCACUUCUCCCUUCAAGGCCUCCCAGUCCAGCCAAGCCACAGGGAACACGUAAACACCAGCCGAGCUGGGCGCAGGCAGGCAGGGCGGAGGGCACUGAGAGACCCCAGCUCCUCAGCCUCCUUGGCCAGGGUGUCUGGAACCUCAUGGGCUGCCCUGAAUCCCAAGUGGGGCCGGUAAGGCGGGCCUCAGCUCCCACCUGCCUAGGGCAUGUGAACAGGCUCUGCCUUCUCUGGCUGGUCUUGCCCACACCCAGACCGGGAGAGGGACCUCUGAAGACCCUUGGAAGGAACAUACUCUGCUGGUGGUGCCUGGAACCCGAGGCCAGGCCCCCAGGCUGGAUAAGAGCCUAAUUCUCAGCUCAGAACAGAGCCUCCGGGCAUCCAGCGGCGUCAGAGAGAUGGCCCUGGCCACCAUCAACCUGCAAGUCGAGAACAAAGACAGAGCCGGGCCCCACGCACCCACCCAGAGUGGGCAGGCUGUGACGGCCCCACAGCCUCCUGCCCUAAUGCUGGCGAGGUGGGAGGGAGCAGCACAGACACGGGGGAAAGGGGACUGAGUGCUCUGGAAGUUCAGAAGGGAUAUGACCCUGCCCUAGGGGACCUUAAGGGAGACACAACCCUCCUCUGGUGGUGUGUGAGGGGUCAUGACCCUGCCCAGGGGCCUGAGAGGGUCCAGGUUCUGCCUUGGCUGUUAGAAGAGGUCUGGCUGGCCGGGGGUUCCAUCAGAGGGGCAGGAUCUGUGGGCCUUGCUGCGAGACUCCGGCACACAGGCUGGGCUGGGUCCAGCGGCUUGUCCCUCAUGCUUCCUUAGCCAAUUUCAGGAGAAUGAUUCCAGCCUGAGGCUCCCAUGGCCAACGGCAACAAGCCUUGGCUGGGCCAGAAGAGGGGACUCUGGAGCCAAGCAGGAGCCUGGACCGUGGCUGGCUCCCGGGGUGUGCUGUGUGACACUGGGCUGGCUGCCUUCCCUCUCUGAGCCUCAGCUUCUCUUCUGAUGUCAGGCCCCUGCCCCGGUCUCCUGGCCUCUGUGGGCUCAGUAUCUCAUCCUGCUCCUCAGUGGAUCCCUGGGACACAAGGCCAGGACAUGCUCAGUGACAGGUUCCCUCCUUCUUCAGUAUCACAGUCAUGCAGGCUGUGGGGGCUGAGAGGUGGCGGGCAUGGAUUCUGGGCAGCGAUUCCCUGUCCAGGCGCUGAGGAGAGGAGCCCAGGUCUGGGAAGCAGAGGAGGCGGAAGACCAGGUUCCCACCUUUCAUGUUGGCCUCAGCUUUCCAAAUCUGUGGGUGAGGGGAGGGAAGACAGCUGCAUUAAUUAUGCACCUACUGUUUAGGCCCCCUGCUGCCCCAGCAGCUUCGGUGGGGAUAAAGAGGUUUUUCAAUCAUCCUAUCGUCCUAAAGGCUUCAGGUCACAGUCUCAGAAGGAUCCACUGGGCGCGGGUGGUGAGGGGGCAGAUGAGCAGCCCCCAUGGGCUCCUGCUGGCUUUGCUUCCCUGUGGGGAGGAGGAGGGGACCAGGCCGGGCUGAGAAGAUGGGGUUCAGGGCAGGGGAGGGCGGGCUUGUGGUCACCCCAACCUCUCUUCCCAGAGCUCCAGGACCUGUGGCUGCAAACUCUUCCCCUUCUCUGCUCCUCCCACUCCCCUCGGCUCUGCUCUCCCAGCAGCCCAUGCCCGGAGACCCUCUCCUGGGGACCCUCUCCCCAGCAGGUGGCAGGCCUCGUGCCCCCACCAAGCUCGCCCAUCUCAGUGAGACAGAGGGAUGUGUUGUGGAGCCGCUAGGUGUGUCUGUUUAUUUGUAUUAUGUAUGCAUAUUUGUGUCUGUGUAUUUAUUUGUAUUUAUGCAUGUAUAUUUCUGUGUGUGUCUUUUCAAAUACGUGUGUGUUGUGUCCGCUGCACUGUCAUUGGUGGUUCUACCCGUGUAAAUACCUGUGUCUGUGUGUGUGUGUGUACAUAUGUGGAUGUCCGUUUGCGCGUCUAUGUGUGCGACUGUAUUGUGUAUCAGUGUGCCUGUUGGUAUUUGUUUGUAUGGCUGUGUAUAUGUGUGUGUCUAUUUGUGUGUGUGCGUGUGUGUGUCUGUGUGGACCUGUGGUCUGAAAACGCCGCCUGUGGGUGGAAUUUGGCCCAGGGACGUGUUUGGCUUGGCCCUUACAGUAUUUUCAACAUCUUGAGCCAACAUUUAAAAAUCAGGAUAUUUCACAUAAAAAUUCAGCUUUCCAGUUUCUCUUAAAAAUUCAGAAGCCCUGGCAGCCCUGGGCCGCGUUCCCAUGAGGCAACUCUCCUCCAGGGCUGCCCAUCCUCCCACCCCCUCACCGCUCCUCUCCCCGACCAGCACCUUAGGGACGACUGAGUUUGUGACCCCAGAGUGUGUGGUCACAACGGCGUGUAAGCCAAGCUGUCAGGGAACGUGUGCACAGACGGAGUCCACACCAGGGGGUGUGUACUUGGGAUGGCGUAUGUGUGCAGGAGGCCAGUCUGAGUGUGUGUGGGACGUGGGGGGCCCUGCUCGUGCAGGGGUGGGUGUAAGGCCCAGUGCCUGUGGACGGAUGUGGGAGCGCGCGUGGGUGCACACAUGUGUGUGCAUGGGGGGUGUGCGUGGCCGUAUCCGUGGCCAUGUAGAGUGUGUGGGCCCCUGUGGUCUGGCGUGUUCUGCACAGGGGCCUCUUCCGGCCUUUGAUGGGGAAUUGGAUUCCCGGCUUCUGGCUGGGCUGCCUUGUGGGAUUUAUUUCUGUCUCAGUGCCGACCAGAGGCCUGAGUAAUGGGAACAUUUAGAGAAAACCAGUAAAUACAUAGAGAAGGGGCAGGCUGGCCGGGAAGCUCUGCCUGGACACCCCUUCCCAGCCCACAGCUGCCAGAGGCCAAGGCCAGGCCUGAGCCAGGGAGGGAAGCAGCCAGGGAGGGAAGGACCCGGCAUGCACACUCACUCCCGCUCUGUGGAAUGCUCACGAAUGCCCAUCCAGGCCCAGCAGGUGGGCGAGACCCCUAUGCCACCUGGAUGGCCCCUGAGACAACCGGCAUCUUGGGAGCUUGGCUCCAAACGAGAGAUGCUCAGGACAAGCUUCGAGGGUGCCAUGUGAGGUCUGGCUGAGGGGCUAAGGGGCCCUGAUCUUCCAGGAGAGUCCCUUUCCCAAGCAGAUUACAGAGGGUCUGCAACCCUGGGUAUACUGUCCACAGAUGCCUCACACAGGUGCGAACCCUCCCGCACGAGGGAUGAGCUGCCUGUGACCUGAUGGGGCUGGGGCUGCCCCCUUCAGAGCUGGGGGCCCACGCACUCUGGAACCACUGCUGCCUGGAACCCGGCAGGCCAGCAGAGAAGGGGCAAGAAGAGCUGCGGCUCUCCUAGGACACCAUCCCCACUGUUCUGGGUUUCAUGCAGACGGAGCACCACUCUUGCGAGCAUCUCUGAUGUCAGAUAGGCCCCAUGGGGAAGAACAGACUGGAUUUGUCGGGUGGGGUGAUGAGCAUUACAGAAGACCCACUGGAGCAGCGAGCAAACAGGCUGCAGGACCCACAAUCCCUUCCAAGGCCCUGGGUCGGUGUCUUCUGCUGCCCCCCAGCGGCCAUGGGAAGAAGUGGGGAAAUAAGGCGCCCGAGCCUCGUCCAUGCAGCCCCAGGUCCCACCACUCACCAUGCCCCAGUGUAAUGCCCAGCCCGAUGGCUCUCGGGGAAGCAAGGGCUUUCGGGCUAGUCUGAGGGAGGGGCUCACCUCGCGCCCCCAGGAGGUCAGCUCUGGGAGGCCAAGAGAUCAUCAGAUUCCCAGCCGCAUCAUCAGCCCCUAGAACAAUGCCCAGCAUGAGCAGGUACUCACGGAGCAGAUCCGAAUCCCCAGCUCCUCUAGGGGUGGGCAGGCUUGCACCCGGACAUGGCUCUGACCCCUGUGGAGGUGCCACCUGAAUGAAGGUGAGCAGGCAUCUCGCACUAGAGCCCCAAAGGUGGUGAGCAGCAGCAUGGACCCCAACAGGGACGUGGCCCGGAGGACAGGCCAACUCCAGAGGACUAGACUUGCUCAAACUGGGUGCCUUCACACUCCUGACUGCAGCCUGCUGGGCUAGACAGAAUUUCCCCUUGUAACUUUAGGGGCUGUGCUUCGGACCCCAAAUCCCCAGGUCCUCACUGUGAUACAGACCUUGUCCCAGCCCCUGGGGGCCUAGCCCCGCAAUCCCAGGUACAACCUCCUCCCCGCCCUCUUGCUGCCCCUUUUACCCACAGGCGCCAAGCCUGGGUCUCUGGGCCAGUAGGCUCUGUCCUUUCCUCUGCUAGGGAAGGGCUGUUGCUGAUCAACCCAGGCUUGACACCUCUCCAGAGAUGACCCGGAGGCCAGAUGUCCUCAAGGAACUUAAUUUUCCAGUCCAUUACUCUCCAAAGUACAGGGCCAAGAGAAGGAAUGGUCUCGUACACUGUUUCCCAUAUAUCAAAAAUUUAUUACCAUACUUACUUCACCUGUUUUUGUGGAACGUUUUUUAAAGUUUUUAUUAUUAUUAUUAUUAUUUAUUUGAGAGCAAAUGAGCAAGCGAGAGCACAAGCAGGGGAAGUGGGAGAAGCAGGCUCCCUGCUGACCAGGGAGCCCAAAGCAGGGCUCGAUCCCAGGACACUAGGAUCGUGACUUGAGUCAAAGGCAGACACUUAAACAACUGAGCCACCCAGGUGCCCCUUUUGUGUAAUAUAUUUUUUAAAAGAUUUUAUUUAUUUAUUUAUUUGGCAAAGAUCACAAGUAGGCAGAGAGGCAGGCAGAGAGAGAGAGAGGAGGAAGCAGGCUCCCCACUGAGUAGUGAGCCCGAUGCAGGGCUCGAUCCCAGGACCCUGGGAUCAUGACCUGAACUGAAGGCAGAGGCUUUAACCCACUGAGCCAUCCAGGUGCCCACUUUUGUGUAAUAUUUUAAUUCCAAAAUGAAAGAUGGGAAAUUUUAUGAAUACCAUGAUCUUAUGAGGAUGACUUGGAAACCUCCAUUAAACUAGAGAUCCGGGGCUCAUUUGUUUUAACUGAUGUAUCCUGGACAGCGAAUUCAAAUGAUCUAGUAUUUGAUCAGCGAUGACACACGUGACAUUGCUUUUUUUCUACUUUUUAGCGAUCAUAAAGAAUGCGGUUAUGAACA